GCGCAUCUGUUAGAUAUAUUUGAGGUAUAUAUGUAGGUUUUCCCGUAUAUUUGCAGUUAACUGCUACGAGUAGGAUGAUCUCGAUACCCGCGUCGAGAAAUAUGUAUAAUAUCCGCUGCACCGGCCGGUAACUGGGCGACUGCACGAUAAAAUUACUAGAGAGAUGAACCCACGGAUUAACCAACGCACAUGUGAUCAGCCUGUCUCUUUCGCACGCAUGACGUCACUCGGUCACAAAAUUCCCCAGAGAAUGAUAAUGCCACGUCAAUAUCAAAGACAUACUAAUCGGCAGAACUGGAGUGAGGACGCUAUGUCAAGAGCGCCAGAAGCAAGUCGAAAUGGAAUGCCGUAUAAGAAAGCUAGUAGAGAGUCUGGUGUUCCUGUAAUGUCGCUAAAAAGAAGAGACAAGGGUAAAAAUAAAAUCGCGGUUGGCGCAGUUAAGGCUUUGGGCAGUAGAAAAACUGUAUUUACACCUGAGCAAGAGAAUGAGCACAUUGAGCACGUGGAAGACAUGGAAACAAGUAUGUACGAGCUAACCAAAAAAGACAUUCUCGGUUUGGCUUACCAGUUGGCCGAGAAAAAUAAAAUAGCUCACCCAUUCUCAGUUGAAAAAGGAAAAGCUGGUGCGGACUGGUUGAGAGGGUUUCGACAACGGCAUUCCCAUAUAGUUCUGCGUAGUCCGGAAUCAACAUCAGCUGCUCGUGCAACAGCUAUCAACAAAAAAGUCGUUGACAUUUUUUUUUCUAUUUUAAAAGACACUCAGGAGAAAAAGAAUAUUCCUCCACAUAGGAUUCUUAAUGUUGACGAGACCACUCUAUGCAGUGUGCCAACUAAAAAUACAAAAGUGAUUGCUAAAGUUGGACGCAAGCAAGUGGCGAGAGUGACUUAG